AAAAGGAAGUUAGAGGAGUUCGAGAUGGUGAAGUUAAAUGAAGAAUGCUCUGCUAUUCUUCAGAAUAAGUUACCUCCUAAGUUGAAGGAUCCAGGGAGUUUUUCUAUUCCUUGUAUUAUUGGCAAUGUUAAUUUUGAUAAGGCUUUACCAUUCCUUGCUACUGGUAGAGCUUUUAUUGAUGUUCAACAAGGGAAACUUAGCCUUAGAAUACAUGAUGAGGAGAUUGUUUUUAAUGUGCUUGAUGCUAUGAAAAAUUGUGAUCAUGAUGGCAGUGCUGUUUUAAGGAUUGAUGUGGUAGCCAAUGUAGUGGCUGAAAAUUUUAAUGCUUCUAGAUUAGAUGAUCCUAUUGAUAAUUGCAUUGUUAAUGCUUUGGAUGUGAAAGCUGAUAGUGCAGACAAUAACAUUUUGGAGGCAGCAGCUAUUCUUGGGGGAAAAUGCCAUAGGCAACCACAAAAAGGAGGGAAUUUUUUGCCCUUAGAUGCACCGUCCACUGUGACAGUCAAGCCAUCCAAAGAGGAGCCCCCUACUCUUGAAUUAAAACCUCUUCCUUUUCAAUUCAAGUAUGUUUAUUUGGGUGAUUCAAAUACCUUACCUGUUAUAAUUUCUACUUCUUUGACAGGAAUAGAGGAGGAGAAACUCUUAAGGGUGUUGCGAGAACACAAAGGAGCUAUAGGAUGGAGCAUAGCGGAUAUCAAAGGAGUUAGCCCUUCGGUUUGCAUGCAUAAAAUUCUGUUGGAGGAGGGGCACAAGUCGAUUGUUCAGCCUCAAAGACGCCUUAAUCCUAACAUGCAGGAGGUGGAUCCAGAGAAAACAACAUUUACUUGCCCAUAUGGUACUUUUGCUUUUAGACGAAUGCCUUUUGGUUUGUGCAACGCUCCAGGUACGUUCCAAAGAUGUGUGAUGGCUUUAUUUGCUGAAUUUGUUGAUGAGUUCAUGGAAAUUUUUAUGGAUGAUUUUUCAGUUUUUGGCUCUUCAUUUGAUGGAUGCUUACAUAAUCUGUCUAGGGUGCUUAAAAGAUGUAUUGAAGUUGAUAAAGCUAAAAUUGAGAUAAUUGAAAAGCUUGCUCCUCCUAAAUCAAUUAAAGAAAUUAGAGGUUUUCUUGGACAUGCUGGUUUUUAUAGGAGAUUUAUUAAGGACUUCUCAAAAAUUGCUAAGCUUCUUACUAAUCUCUUGGUUAAGGAAACACCAUUUUUCUUUGAUGAUGAUUGUAUGAAUGCUUUUCAAUUGUUGAAAGAGAAACUGGUUAAUGCUCCUAUUAUUGUUGCACCUUGUUGGGAUUUGCCUUUUGAGAUAAUGUGUGACGCUAGAAAUGAUGCUUUAGGUGCAGUUUUGGGACAAAGAGAAGAUAGGAAAUUUCACACCAUUUAUUAUGCAAGUAGAACAAUAAAUGAUGCUCAAAAGAAUUACACUACUACUGAAAAAGAGUUGCUUCCUGUGGUGUUUGCUUUUGAAAAGUUUAGGCCUUAUCUAAUUUUGUCCAAGUUUGACUUAGAAAUUAAGGAUAGAAAAGGUGUAGAAAAUUCUGUUGCUGAUCAUUUGUCCAGGUUAGAUGAGGUGCAUGUGGAAUGUGGGGAUGAUCAACUUUUGCUUGAUGAGUUUCUAGAUGAGCAAUUGUGUUUAGUUUCUUUGUGUGCUUUGUCUUCUUUACCUUGGUACGCAGAUUUUGUUAAUCAUCUUAUAUGUGGCAAUGGAAUGAUUCGGAGAUGUGUACCACAAGAAGAGGUAGAUGCAAUUUUGAGUUUUUUUCAUGACAAAGAAGGUAGUGGUCAUUUUGGUGCCUCCAAAAUAGCAUAUAAGGUUUUGCAAUGUGGAUUUUAUUGGCCUUCUUUAUUUAAAGAUGCUUAUGCUUAUGUGAGUGCAUGUGACCAAUGCCAAAGAACUGGUAAUAUUUCUAGGAGACAUGAAAUGCCUUUGACUAAUAUUUUGGUGUGUGACAUAUUUGAUGUUUGGGGCAUAGAUUUUAUGGGUCCUUUUCCUUCAUCUUUUGGCAAAGCAUAUAUUUUUGUUGCGGUAGAUUAUGUGAGUAAAUGGGUAGAGGCUGUUGCAUGUCCUACUAAUGAUGCUAGGGUGGUGGUUAAAUUUUUGAAGAGUAAUAUUUUCACUAGAUUUGGCACACCUAGGGCUGUUAUUAGUGAUGGAGGUAAACACUUCUGUAAUAGGCAAUUUGAAAAUUUAUUGGCUAAAUAUGGUGUUACCCAUAAAAUUGCUACUCCAUAUCACCCUCAAACAAGUGGACAAGUUGAGGUGUCUAAUAAGGAAUUGAAAAGAAUUUUGGAAAAGAUAGUUAAUUUGUCUAGGAAAGACUGGUCACUCAAAUUAGAUGAUGCACUUUGGGCUUAUAGGACAGCUUACAAAACUCCGAUAGGUAUGUCUCCUUAUAGGUUAGUUUUUGGUAAGGCUUGUCACCUUCCUGUGGAACUUGAGCAUAAGGCAUAUUGGGCUAUUAAAUACUUGAAUUUUGAUUUGAAAGAUGCAAGUGAACAUAGAAAAUUGCAGUUGAAUGAAUUGGAAGAACUACGACUUGCUGCCUAUGAAAAUGCCAAGAUCUAAAGGAACGAACCAAGGCAUGGCAUGAUCUACAUGUGCAAAAGAAAGAGUUUCACGUGGGGGACAAGGUUCUUCUUUUCAAUUCUCGAUUGCGACUUUUUCC